UUAGAAAAUUUCACAUGGUAGAGUUUCAAUAUUUUUGUGAAAUUUUCUUCAAAAUAACACAAAAUGCGUUUAGAAAAAUGUUACUUUUGUUCAUCGACCGUUUGGCCCGGUCACGGUAUCGCAUUUGUGCGAAACGACUGUAAGGUAUUGUGGUAGAUUUGUUUGAAAAAAUUUAUAUUCCUUUGGCAAUAUCAAGGAAAUGUUUUUGAUGUCACUCUGUGGCAGGCUGACCACGGUGGGAAUCGAACCCGCGACCUUUGGGAUACUAGUCCAAUGCUCUGCCAACUGAGCUACGAGGCCAAGUCUGUUGAUGUGUGUGGUAUUUCGGAACUAAGUCUAGUACCUUCGAUACCAUUUAUACCAAUGUGUUCACUGACAUGAUAUCAAGGAAAGUUUAAUAUUUUAAAAAUUGUCAUAUGCAUAUAAAAUGUGAUCUGUAAAAAACUAAAAAAAGUAACUUAUUAUUGUGCUUGUCUCUUUUAUAUGGAGUUCCCAAAGUUGUUUAAAAAUAGUAUUAAUUAAUAUUUUGGUAUGAAAUGAAUUGUAUACCGUAAGGACAAAUUAACCACAGCCAGGGGCUAGUUACUUGAUUUGCCAUUGUGAUGGUGCAAUAAGGACAAAGAGAUUUUCACCAUGUUGGAUGAUAUUUGCAUUGCAAACAAGCAAAAUCCUUUGUCAACGUCAUCCAACAUGGCGACGGUGAUGUGCAGUUGCACACCACCUGCAGUAUAGACUAUAGAGCCUUGUUUUUGUGAUUCAGAUGUGGACCUUAACUGAUGUCAGAUACACAAAAACAAGGUGUAUAUUUUAUACCAUAGUUGGACUAUACUGUAAUUUGCUAAACUUUGACAGGUGUUUCGGUUCUGCCGUGCAAAGUGUCACAAAGCUUUCAAGAGAAAACGAAAUCCAAGAAAAGUGAGAUGGACAAAAGCCUUCAGAAAGGCUGCCGGCAAAGAACUGGCUGUUGUGAGUAAAACAAAUUUUGGCUGUGCUUGUAAUUAACUAUUAUUUCUCAUUCAUGAAAUGAAUACUAACCCAUUUUAUUAGGAUGCAACAUUUGACUUUGAAAAGAAGAGAGACGUCCCAGUACGCUAUUCGAAUGAAAGCAUUAAACAGACAGGUACUGUAGAUUGUUGAUUUUUAUGUUAUCUUUCUGCGACUAGAAUCACUCUACAGUAUCUGCCAACAAAUUUACCUAUGCGUCCAACGUUAUUUAUAUUUUACUCUGUCUAACACUAGACGAUUUUAUGCAUCAAGGGGAGAGUCUUGCACAUUGAUGAGUUAAACCUACCCAUUGUAAAGUGUUGUCUGUGCCAGUGUAGGUAGUGCCAAUGAUAACAAGCUUUCAUUGGUAGAGAUUUGUCAGGUAGUUGCAUCCAACAAAAGCUUGCCAUUAUAAACCUACCCAUUAUAAACCUCUUACCUUGGGCCUUGUAUAUGAUUAUCAUUUAACUUUGGUCAAAUAGUUGCUGCUAUGAAGAGGAUAACAGAAAUACAAGAAAAACGACAGAAACAGUUCGUCCGAAACAGGUACAUUAAAAAAUGUGGAAGCAAAUUAAGUUUUUGUAUUCACUAUUCUUGGGUUUCAAUCAGGUGAUAUUUUAGCAUAAUUUGACUCAGGUGGGGGCAAUCAUUGAACUGAGGUCAAGCCUUGAUACAGACCCCUUGAUACAGACCCUUGACCACCAUGUGAUAUCAUAUGAAACCUGAGAAUACUGUUGAGAAGAGAAACGUAUUGAUUCUUUGUCUGUGUGGAUAAUUACAGACUGAAAUACUUUCUUCAAUAUUAGAUUAAAAACAAGCAAAAAGCUAGAAGAAGAAGCAGAUUUGAAGGAAGUCCAGACAAAUAUAAAUCUAAUAAAACCAAAGCCAGGUAUUUAUUUUUUUAAUGUACAUGUGUGAACAGUCCCUUUGCAUCAACUCCAAAAAUAUGUGACUGGAUGGCAAGGAGAGAAUGGUGGGAUCUUCAAAACAAUGGAAUACUUUAAUCACUUGAUUCAAUGCACUGCAAAGUGUUAUUCAUAGGAAUCAAUGUGUUACUAUCUUCUUAUUUAACAAACUAAAAUCAUCACACUUUUGUUUCUCCAAAAGCUUUGAAGAAAUCAGCGGGUCAGAAGAUCUCACAAAUCAUGAAAGAUGUGGAACAGAUGGAGACAGACAAUUGAUGUUUUAUUUAGCGAAAGUUGGAUUUUGUAAAUACAGUGUAGAACAGAAAGUGAAUAAAUGUUUUUCU